AUGAUCCGUUGUUUUCAUCCUACCUCAGUCACAACCUGCCAGGUCAAUGUACACGCCCAUGGCCUCUGUAGUGGUAAAGGUGACCUUUGUUCUUUUGUGACCUCACUAGGUUUGGUGUUUCUACUGGGCACCACUCUGCUGGCAUGUGUUUUUGGGACAUGCUAUGCACUGUUCUGCACAUUUGAUCAUGCUCCAGUCUCCCAUGCGUACUUCCCUGGACAUCACAUGUGCCCUCCUCUGUCUGACCUCCAGCACUUGCUUGUCCCACAUCAAGCCCUGGCUCACCUUCACAAGAAGUAUGGCAAGUACUUCCUGUUUGGUCAAUAUCAUCCAUUUCAAAGUUAUGUCUGCAGACUCGAUCUAGCAAAUGCAAGCAACUCAUCUGUUGCUGAGGUGGAAAUUUCUGUUCACAACCCAGGUGAUACGAAUGAUCUUCAUCUUCCCCAGCUCACCAGCGAAGGCAGGUCUGUCACUGCAGACGACAAGAUGGAGGAACAACCUGACAGCGAAGACGAUGAUUGA